GUCUGCACAUCUUAACGGUCAUCUGCCGAGCUAUUUCCGACGCCUGAUCCUUAACUACGGGACAGCAACAUUUUCGGUACUCUACUCUACAUCACCAUGCGUAAAGAGUGGACAUUUACUCCCUCCGAUUGCGGCUCUGGCCGUAACAUGGCCGCGUGGAAGGUCUCAACCGGCACACAAGCUACAUACUUGGUUGAGGUCGCCUGGCCACUCACCUGGCGCGAAACAAAUGUAUCGGCGGUCGCGAAUGUAAUAUUCGCUGUGGAUGGCAAUGCUAUGUUUCUCACGGCAACAGAUGUCGCUCGGCGGCAGGCGUCACUUAACCCUAACAAACCUGGGACCAUCAUUGUUGGGCUCGGGUAUCCUUUGGAAGAUUCUGUCUAUGCUCCUCAACGCGCUUUAGAUCUCACUCCACCAUGUGAUCACUAUACUCCGCCUGAGGGUUCCGACGGCAAACCUCGACCGGAACCGUACGGUGGUGCAGAUCGGUUCCUUUCUUUCAUCAACAAUAUCGUGCGUCCCUUCAUGGCCUCAUCUGUCUUCCCUAAUGUUAAAUUUGCUCGGACGGCCUUGUUUGGCCAUUCUUACGGGGGACUAUUUACAUUGAACACUCUUUUCACGCAACCGACAUCUUUUGAUACAUAUAUAGCAGCGAGCCCAUCAAUAUGGUGGAAUGAGAGAUUUAUUCUCACCAAAGUACCACAGUUCCUACAAAGACCAGAGAUGAGUACGCGACCGACAGUACGGCUGUCAUACGGUUCCCGAGAGCAGUUUCCUGUACGCCGCAGGCAUGAAUCACUGGAAAAGUACGAACGACGAGUGGGAUCGGCGGCAAAGCGUCGUAUGGUCGAUAACUGUAAUGAUCUGUAUUUGCAGCUUAUUGCUAGCCAACAUUUGAGUGCUGUGGAGAAGAGGGAAUAUCUGGAUGAGGACCAUGGAAGUGUCAUUAGCCCCGCCUUGAGUGGAGGAAUUCUGUAUUUUCUGGACCUGGAAGACGAGGACAGGUAG